AGCAGCGAGCAACCCGGAUUGGAGUACAGAACACCCGCAGCCGGACACGGGCAUCCGCAGCGCCGCCGUCACGAUUUUGGGAACCCAAACCAAGGGGAAGGGGGAAUGGAAUAGCGCUCCCUGGCCUUCCUUCUUGAUGGGAGUUUGAGGACGGGAAGCGCCGACAUUGUGCCACCCGCCGCCUGGGAGCCGAGGCUGUCCGCACCGAGCUGGAGGUAGCCCCCCCUCCCCGCACUUAGCCGCCCCCACCCCCAGGGCCCGCUAGAUUUGCAAACAUAGGAGAACUCCUCGCCGCCGGAUCAAGGUAAAGUAGCCCCCUUCCUCCACCCCCCUCCCGUUGGAACUAACAGCGGCUUGUCGGGACUCGGGACGGCACGUCCAGCCUGGGCUUGAGUCGCCCCCCACCCCCGAGCCAGCGUCAGUGUGUCGGCUCUCGCUAGCAGCAUUAGCUCCGCUCCGCCUCGGUUUUUGCAUCUGGGAUGAUGGGUGACCGUCCGAACCCGCCCAGGGCGAUGUCCUCGGCAGCCACCGCGCCCCCGUCCGUGGACAAAGUGGACGGAUUUUCCCGAAAGUCCGUCCGAAAGGCCAAGCAGAAGCGCUCGCAGAGCUCCUCCCAGUUUCGCUCGCAGGGCAAACCCAUCGAACUUACGCCCUUGCCGCUGCUCAAGGACGUGCCGGCCCCGGAGCAGCCGGAGCUGUUCCUGAAGAAGCUGCAGCAGUGCUGCACCGUCUUCGACUUCAUGGACACGCUGUCGGACCUGAAGAUGAAGGAGUACAAGCGCUCCACGCUCAACGAGCUGGUGGACUACGUGACCGUCAGCCGCGGCUACCUGACCGAGCAGGCCUACCCCGAAGUGGUUAAAAUGGUGUCUCACAACAUCUUCCGGACUCUCCCGCCUAGCGACAGCAACGAGUUUGACCCUGAAGAGGACGAGCCCACGCUGGAAGCGUCCUGGCCUCACCUACAGUUGGUCUACGAGUUCUUCAUCCGCUUCUUGGAGAGUCAGGAGUUCCAGCCCAGCAUUGCCAAAAAGUACAUAGACCAGAAGUUUGUCCUACAGCUCUUGGAGCUGUUCGACAGCGAGGACCCUCGGGAGCGAGACUACCUGAAGACGGUUCUGCAUAGAAUCUACGGCAAAUUCCUGGGACUGAGGGCUUUUAUACGAAAACAGAUCAAUAAUAUUUUUUUACGUUUUGUGUAUGAGACGGAGCACUUCAACGGGGUGGCCGAGUUGCUGGAGAUCCUGGGCAGUAUAAUCAAUGGUUUUGCGCUGCCGCUGAAGGCGGAGCAUAAACAGUUUCUGGUGAAAGUGCUGAUCCCGCUCCACACGGUCCGCAGUCUGUCACUCUUCCACGCGCAGUUGGCAUAUUGCAUUGUACAGUUCCUAGAGAAAGACCCCACAUUAACAGAGCCUGUCAUCCGAGGAUUGCUGAAGUUCUGGCCCAAAACCUGCAGUCAAAAAGAGGUGAUGUUUCUGGGCGAGCUGGAGGAGAUCCUGGACGUGAUCGAGCCUACCCAGUUCGUCAAGAUCCAGGAGCCGCUCUUCAAACAAAUAUCCAGAUGCGUGUCCAGCCCGCACUUCCAGGUGGCGGAGCGAGCGCUCUACUACUGGAACAAUGAGUACAUCAUGAGCCUCAUCGAGGAAAACUCCAGUGUCAUCCUGCCCAUCAUGUUCGCCAACCUCUACCGCAUCUCCAAAGAACACUGGAAUCAGGCCAUCGUGGCGCUGGUCUACAACGUGCUGAAGGCCUUCAUGGAGAUGAACAGCACCUUGUUCGAUGACCUCACCUCCACUUACAAGUCGGACCGCCAGCGGGAGAAGAAGAAGGAAAAGGAGCGUGAGGAGCUGUGGAAGAAGCUGGAGGACUUGGAGCUGAAACGAGGCCUGAGGAGCGAUGGCAUCAUCCCCACUUAACGUCUUCUGCCGGACGACCCUCCGACAUCCUCGACACCUUCCCCAGAAAAAGCGGCCGCAGCGGUUUGGACGAGCGAGCGAGUGUCGCUGGCUGGUCUCUCGUCAUCGUUUUUCUUUUUUUUCUUUCUUCUUGUGUUUGUGCGAUUACUUUACAAUAGAUUCAUCAUCACGUCUGUUCUCAUUCUUUCGACACUGUAAAUAAUUAUUUUUUUUCCCUUCAACUGAUAUUAUUGCAAACAGACGGGAAAAAAAACCUAAACAAUAACAAUAAAAAGAAGAAACAAAUAGAAAAUGAGGGAAUGCUUUGUGUUUGCUUAAACCAAACAAAACCUUUUUCUUAUCAUACUACUCCAAGUCAAGACCUGGCGGUGGGAACCAUCUUUAUAAUAUAUGUAUAUUUUAAUCAAUGGCGUCUCUUCCCAGCCAAAAUUGUUUCAACCAUCGACAUGUUUGUCCAAAUUUUCAUUUCCACAUCCUAAAUUAUAGGAUACCGAAGCACACCAGGCUAUUAUUUUCCUUGGGAUAAAAAGGUAAGGUUCUGCCAAAAUUGACCAAAAAUAUUCAUUUCCAAUGGCCCUAUUCGCUUUUCCACUGACGCAGUGACCUGUGCUCAACCGGAAACACCCUCAAUGCCACCGAAUCAACAGGAAGUGACUGUGCUCGGGUCCAUUAUUUGAGAAAAGGGGGCAACAAUUCUACUGGCCUAACGCCAAUGCCAAGUUUCCCUCGGGUUCAUUUCAGGGGAUGCGAGAGAGCCGGGGUGCUGGAAGUCGCUGAAGGGGGCGCUUAUUUUGUUUUCUCCCAUCCAAAUACAAUUUUUCGGUCAAAAAUUUGUCGUGCUUGUGCUUUUUCUUCAUACUAGGUGUGCCCAAUGGCAACACACAUGCUGGAUAUUUUACGUACGAGUGCUAGGCUACGACAAAGACUGCAUUCUAUUUCACCUACAGUGUGUUUUGCAGUUUUUGUAUUGGAUAUAAAAGCGCACCGGAGUAUUAUAAGGAAAAUCCCUGCACCUAGACGGCACAAUUACACACAAACACAUUUGAGAACUAAAAGGUCCAAUAAGCCUCUGUUUAACACCCACUUUUUACAACACUUAAACUGCACACGAAAAUCCAACAGCGCUCCGCACAUCGUAAGAAGAAAAGCAACAACAUCAAUUACAUGGCUACAAUGCAAGCUGUUUUAAUUCUCCACGGUCUGAAUCUGCAGCUAACUCUUCUUCGCUGGGUAUUAUUAUAAACUAUUAUAAUCAUUUUCGACCUCAAAUUUUAGAAAAUUGCCGGUUCUUUAAAAGAUAACGCUAAUUUGUUCCUCUGUCAACAGGUAACUUUUCUGUUUCAAUAGCGCCUUAUCCAAACGUUGUAUUUGAUCAAAUUUUAAUCUACCCAAGUUAAAUAUUUUUGAUCUAAUUAAAGAACGAAUUAAUCGUAGCAUGUUACCAUGUUACCGCCCUCUAAUGGUUGAUCAUUAAAAACAAAUCCAAUAAACAAGUCACUUGCCGUUUUUGAAUUUUAUUCUACUAACACAAUUUACAAAUAGAUUUUAAAAUAAUUGAAACAGACCUUUAACAAAAUAAAAAGCAACAAAACAUAAGAAAUCAAGCAUUUAAUUGUUUGAAACAAAACAAUAUGGAAAAAUAUAUUUCACAGAAAAAUAAAGUAUUAAAAUAAAUACUAAACAUAAAUUAACAAGAAAUAAUAAUAAAUGAACAAGAAAUAAGGUCAAGUAAAGCAUUAGGUCAGUAGGUUUCCUUGAGAAUCUUGAAGUCUGCAGCAGUAUAGUUUAAAUCUCUAAAUAUUUAACAAACCAUUCACUUAACACUUUUAUUAAAGUCCCUAUACCUAAUUUUUUUUGUGUGGAAUAAGAUAAAAUAUGUAUUUUGUAUUUUUUAGUUUGGACAGGAAAAUAAUAAUUCCCAAUUUGUGUGAGCCUGAGGCCAAAGUAGUACAAAAAGUGUGCACAAAUAUAUACCCAAAAAAUAGACAAAGAAAAUAAAUCAAUUCCAAAUAUCGAUACUUUUGCUUGGGGAGCGAUACCUAAAACUCAACGCGCUGGACUGAAAUAUCGAUAUUUUGGUAUCGAUCCGCCCAUCCCUAGCGCACAGUAAAUAUGGUACGGCAAAACACUCCACAAACUACGCUAUGCUAGCACCACCCCGCUCAGGUUUUCUUAAAGUUUGAUGUGUAAAAAAAGU